ACCACUCAAAGUAAGUGGCAAAAUAACAGGUGAAGAGGAAAAUUUAAGUACAUACAUACCUGUCCUCUUAAGGUUUCCUUUCGCUCGCGUAAGCCACGCAAAUCUCAACGUAGUAGAUCGUAUGUACUUGAUUUUUUCUUGAGUCUCAAUAAAGUGUGAAAGGUGAAAAACAAAUAACGGAGAAACGCGAUUUUGUGGUUAAUUUUGCAAACGAAUUGCAAAGAAUCCCCACACGAGGAUCGAUAUCGUGCUGAAAAAGUUUUUCUACUGUGUUUUUUAUAAAGUAAAUAAAAAAUAAUCGAAACAAGUGCCUUUUAAAUGUGAUUUAAUUAAAAAACAAAUUAAUUGCAAACAACAACUCAGAAUAAAAUAGCUACGACAUUAACAAGCAUAUAAUAACAGCAAACAGCAGCAACAACGUGCAAAAAAAAAACGAGAAAAUGAAAAAAAUUUAAAGUAGCAACAGUCGCAAAAAAAAAAAAUUAAAAUAAGCUAACAAAACAACAACUCAGCGCAUUAUUAUCUACAAUUCAUACACCAUUCAUAUUAUUCUACCCAUAAAACAAAAACAAAAAACGAAAAAAAUAAGCACCCAAAUUAAAAGAUAAAAUACCGUUUGACGAAAGACGUGUAUUCUGUGAUAAACAGUGUUUCUCAAACUGCCUUAACUAAUAUAAAGUCAACGGAAGCAAAUUAAGAAAACAAAAAAUAAAUAAAAUAAAAUUUUUACAAACGUGCUUCCCUCGCUUGCCGUUACAAACAUCGCGCAGUGAUAAUUUGUGCUGGAAAAUUCCAAUCAAUUAAAAAAAAAAAAUUUGCAAAAAUAAAUAAAAGAAGUAUUUUUUUUUAAUAAAAAAUUGAUAAAAAAUUUAGCCAAUUUAAGUGUGAACUUGUGAACGAACCUAAAUCCACUAUCGCUAAAGUCUACUCUCACUAAAAUCGAUUUAGCUUUGUUCUACGAAAUACAACGCAAAUACGAUUAUUAAUAUGGAUUCGCAGGGCUAUGAGAAUGCACGUAACAUGACGCUGCUCUUUUUCCUUGAGCGUCUCAUGGACAAGGGCGAGGCGCGCACCGUACAUGAUUUGUCCUGUCAAUUUGGUAAUAAGGAGUUCACCAAGGAGAUGCGUCAAAUUGCUGGCGGUAGCCAAUCGGGUUUGAAGAAGCUGCUUGCUCAGCAUCCGUCAAUCUUCGUUGUGGACGGCGACUAUGUGAAGGUGAAUACUUAUCAGCACGCUUCGGAGGACGAUGGUAGCUAUGGCGGACGACGUGAUUACAUUAAAGAGGCUAAAGACUAUUUUAAAAAUAAAAUGCUACAAUAUGGUAUUGGCGUAGAGGUGCCGGUGCGCAGCUUAUUGGGUCAUCGUUCGCAGGCGUCACCGCAGGUGCGGCAUAUUUCAGGUCAACAUAUAAAAGAGUUCACUGAGUUUCUACAGAAGCAUACUGAUACCUUCAAGGUGAUCGAUGAUCAUGUGAUGCUUGUUGGCUGCGAUGAUAUGACGGACUUGCCGGCGCAAGAUCGUCUGCAUUUGCCACAGAGCAAUAUUGAUACGAAAGCCACCCAGCAGAUGGUGGAUUUCUUUGCGCAAUGCAUUGAGACGAAGGGUCCGAUUUUGGUGGAUCAAUUAUUUCAUUUAUUGACAGCACGCUUCCCCCAGGAGCAGUGGUUGCGCAUGUUCAAAACACCCAACGAUCUCUCGACCUUCCUCAAGCUCUUUUCUGAUUGUUUCCACAUACAAGCCAAUCUAGUCACGUUGUUGCAGAAGCCCAAGUUGAGUGAUUCAUAUAUCCAGCAGGCGCAGGCGCGUACGCGCGAGCAAUAUAAUUCGAUGAACAACAACAUCAACAAUAUGGCAUUGAAGAAUCAAUCACCACCACCGGCGGCGCAACCAGCCCUCAGCGCUGUACAGCAACGUUUGCAAUCGCCGGCGUUGCGUAAUUUUGCCAACAACAAUGCCAUCAGCACUUCAUCGCCACAAAGUGCACAUGUGAAUAACAUGAGUAGUAGCAACAACAACAAUUGCAGCAUAACAUCACCAAAUUUUAAACUAAAUGCGCCUGUAUCCAAUAUGUCUAGUCCGGUGGUAGCGCCAACCGAUAAUGCGUCACAAACACGAUCAGAACCCAAUUCAGGCUUCGAUAGUUUCAUACAAAUGUCGGACGUUCACCUGGACAACCUUUGCGAUCGCAAUUGCCCAAGCCCGAAUACUUGUUCUUCAUACGGCCCGCCCGGCAACAAUAAUCCACCUCUUUUGGGUGGUCAAAAUAAUCUGAAUUCAUUGCAAAAUUCCGCCAUAUCGACACAAGCGAACACAGAACGCCCGAACAGUCUCAAUCAGACACUGAAGCAACGCGUGAACAACUUGGUUAUACGUACUCUAGCCGAGAACUACGAAAAAGACAAGCAGUCACUGGCCAACCAGGUGGGUGGUGCAUCUGCCGGCUACAAUCCACAGAACUCAUCCUCCCAUUCAAGUCCCGUGCAUUCCAAUAGCAUCAAUGUCGCGAGCACAGCUGGUGGCAGCACAAACGCGAGUUCAAACUCGACUGCUGCCGUCAACGCGAACAACACAUCACAUUCACCUAGUCAUAAUUAUUUUGUUGGCGAUACCUGGAGACUUAAGGUAAUGCAGAAUACCACAGUGAUUAACACAGUGCACCGCUCGCUGUUCGUCACCGAGGCGAUGUUGAAAUUUGCGCAGCAGAAUAAUCAGAGCAUAGUCAUAUCGCUGGACUGCGAAGGCAUUAAUUUGGGUUUGAAGGGCGAAAUCACGCUCAUUGAGAUCGGCACCACACGUGGCGAAGCAUUCAUUUUCGAUGUGCGCACAUGUCCUGAGAUAAUCAGCGAUGGUGGCCUGAAGACGUUGUUGGAGCAUGAAAAUGUCAUCAAGGUCAUACACGACUGCCGCAAUGAUGCAGCGAAUUUGUAUUUGCAGUUUGGCAUACUUUUACGGAAUGUAUUCGACACGCAGGCCGCAUAUGCCAUCAUACAGUAUCAGGAGACGGGUAAACAAGUUUACAAAGCGAAAUACAUUUCACUGAAUACACUAUGCGAACAGUACAAUGCCCCCAUCAAUCCGAUUAAGGAGCAACUCAAGCAGAUUUACCGUCGCGAUCAAAAAUAUUGGGCCAAGCGGCCAUUAUCGCGUGAUAUGCUGCUCUAUGCGGCCGGUGAUGUGCUUGUCUUAAUCAACGAUCAGCUCUACGGUAAUCUAGCGAGACAAAUAAAACCAGAGAAUCGUCAGCUUUUCUCUGAGCUUUGCACUGAACAAAUACUCAUACAAAUCAAACCCAAUGAGGUGAAGACACGCAAGAAGCAGCGCAAGGUGACCACUGAGGUGACUGACCUCAAACAGAAACUAGAGCAGUCAAACAAGAGUAUCGUGCUGUCGAAUCGUGAAAUUCGCUUGUUGCGCUACAUGGACUUGACCGAGGAAGAGAAGGACCGUCUGAAGCGCAAUAACAAUAAAGUAGCAAAGAAGUUUGAAAAAAUGGAAUCGGCUGGUAACCAAACUAGGGAUCAAAGUGAUUCUGAGGAUGAACAAGAACCCACUGAAAACGAUAACUUCCCAAGUCUCGACUCAGUGCCAUCAGACAAUUCAUUAACCGGCACAUUUUCGCCACGCUUCAACUCUGAGCCACCCAGUUUGGCCGAGUCUAUGCAAAUGAUGGAUGAAAUUUUAGCAGAUCAAUCCAUGGAUCGAGUGGUGAAAUUGGAUAAGCUGGAAGCGAUAUUGUCGGCCGUUACACAAAUGCCAAAUGAUCAAAUUAUAACUUCCAACACAAUGCAGGAUCAAUUGAGCUCAAACAUAUCCGCCACUGAUAAUGUACAAGUUGUACGUGAGAAGACCAAAAACGCUAAGAAUUGCAUUUGUAACUGCGAACGCAGUAGUACACCAACCAUACGUCUGGUUAACAAUGAAAAGAAGGCUGUGAAAUCGAUCGACUCAGCAUCGCAAACACUUAGUACUGGCGAUAUUGUCAUAACAAAGAUUUUCUUCCAAGAUGAGCAGGGAAAACCUAAGGAGAAGGUGCUAACCUCAUCGCCAAAACGCAUUGGCGGGCCAUCCACGAUAGCGUCAACGACAUCUUGAAUGAACCACAAUAAUGAUAGAGCGAAUUGAGCUGCGAAUUCUUUGUUCUAAAGUAAUUUCCAAGCAAACGUGAACGUGGCAGCUAUGAACUCGUAAUUAAAUAGGAAGCGAUUAUGUUGGGCAAUAAUCAAGCAAACAUAUCGAAAUUAAAGUAGUCACCUACAUUCAUGCAUACAUACAUAAAUGUAUACCCGCAAUAUAUAUGUACAUACAUAGAAUUAUAUGCAUUAUUUAAGUGCUAAUCGUAAAUUGUUGCAAAUCUACAACUACUUAUUUUUAUGUACUUUUAUUUCAAUUUUUAUAUUACUUGUAAUUUCUUAUACUAAAUGUUACUUUUCUUUUUUGCUUUUUAAUUUCUUUUUUAUUCAUUCAAUUUGCCCAUUAUUUUGCACCAUUCACAUAUGUAUGUAUGUGUUAUAUAUAGUAGCUUAAGAUUUCUUUCAAAGGAGUAUCAACGGUGGAGCUAACAAAAGUUCGGAAAGUUUUUGCUUUUCUAAAUGCAUCAAAAUUAGUUGCACAUAUGUAAAUUAAUAGUUCUAAGUGCCUGUAUGUAUUAUGGCGCAGAUACCGCAAGUUCCCUUUUUUACGAUUUACUAAAGAAAAAUUAAAAACAAAAAAAUUAUUUAAAAUAUAAAAAAAUACUAGAAAACAAAAGAAUGCUAAGAUAAAUCGAAGGGGUAUUGUACUUUAUGUACAUAUAAUUAAACAUGUAUUAACGAAUUUUUUAUUAACGAAGUACACAAAAGUUUUUUAUGUGUGCAGAAGUACUGGUAUCGAAGAGGAAAGGUAAGACACCUCUGUGGAAAGUGUAUAAUUAUAAUUUUAGCCAUCUCUAAAUCUCUCUUCUCAUAGCUAAGUGCAUGAGAAUCUGAUGUUGAUGUUGGGGAUGUGGCAGCGCAUGAACUAAAGUGGGACAAAAGAACUUCACGUAAAGUUGAUGUCAUAAAAUUGUAUAAGAUUGUCAAAGAAAACGAGAAAAUUACACAUUUCAGUCCAAAAUUUACAGGAAUAACUUUCAAACAACAUAUCGAUGGAUAAUGUACAAUACUCAGUGUUUGCAAUUUUCACAAAUUGGCUGACGUAAAAACAUACUUGACUGGCAUUUUUAAUUUUUUGCGACGCUCUUCUAUUGCUAGUUUUCUUAUCGAAAAAAAAAAAACGAAUGUUGAUAUGAUAUAUUUCCUAAAACGUAAAACUGAACUUGCAAGUUUGGAUGCUUCAGUUAAGUAUGAAUCGAAAUUAAAAAUUUUGCGAAAAGAAAAUUUGAAAAUGUAACAAAAUUACAUAAGUGCUGCAUUAUAGAAACAAAUCGUUUAAAUAAAUGUUCGGCUUCAAAAGUUUUUAUUUAAAUGUGUUUUCUAAAUUUGUAUCUAUCUAUAUCUAAUAAAAGUUAUACUUUUUCGAUCAAACUAUUAUUUGCCUUUUUGGAACCAUAUUUGAUUGUUUCCUUUAUAUAACCCUUUUUUUUCGAUCUUAAUGAUUACAACUCGGCACGAAAAUAAAGAUUAUCGCUGAGCGAAAUCGGUUCGAAAAAUUUUAAAUUGACAAAAAAUAUUAAAAAAUAUAUUUCUGGCAGAAAAAGUUAUUAGACUUAAUCGACUUUUAUUAAGAUGGCUGUUUUCAAGUCUGCGGAUGUAGAUGCUUUAUGAUAAAAAUCAGUUGGCGUUAAAGAGCUUGGAGUCAAUUUUGUAUACUUGCGCAUGAUAUUUUUGUAAACAAUGUAGAUCCAAAUGUUGUUUAUGUAGGUAUGUAUGCUUAGCAAAAAGAAAAAGUCGUUAAUGUACUGUUUUAAAAUAAAAAAGUACCAACUAAAAAUCCAAACUCGAAACUUUAUUUCCUACUAAUUUUUUGUUUCAUAUAAACAUUUCC